CAGUUUUACUCUAAAAUUUUACAUGGUAUCGGAGCCAAAUCCGAGGGCACGAUACGUCUGAUUCUCCGCUGACGCCGAUCGCCUCUAUCACCGGCGAUCUUUGUUCGGCGUUUGGUAACGGUUCUUCGCGGAGCGCUGCACGGCGACCGAUAAGUUGUCUCGGUUUGGUCCUUUUUGUGUCAAGCUUUGAAGAUCCGUAAUGACAUCCACCACAAAGAAAACCCGAUUGAUUCAUGAUUCUUCGUCCGAGUAUUAUCUUCAUCCUUCCGAGGGCCCAGGUAACGCUCUCACGAAACAUGUUUUGAAAGGCGAUAAUUUUGAUACGUGGGAAAAGACUAUUGUUAAUGCUUUGAAGGGUCGUAGCAAGGCUGGUUUUCUGUCCUCUGUUGGUAUGCCUAAGCCUACAGAUCCCAUGGAACUUGAAGCUUGGGAAGCAAAUAAUUCAACAAUUUGUAGUUGGAUUUUUAACAGCGUUGAUGAAACAAUUCAACCCAGUAUUGCUUCCCAUACUGUGGUUCAUGAAUUAUGGACAGAUCUGAAAGCUCGUUAUAGCACUGUUAAUGAGCCUCACAUCUAUCAGUUGGAGAAUGAAUUGCAAAAUCUCCGUCAGAAAGGUCAAACAGUGGUUGUGUAUUACAACCAAUUUGUCACUGUUUGGAACAAGUUGUAUGGGAUGGAUGAUCCAACAUGCGGAUGCAAGUGUGAGGCGGCAGCACAGUUGAAGGAUCGAGCUGAAAAAUCAAAAACUCGAAAGUUUCUUUUGGGGUUAGACGACGAACAGUUCGGUAGUAUACGCGGCCAAAUUCUUGGAACCCAACCUUUGGUGGAUCUUAAUAAGGCGUUCUAUUUGAUCACCCAAGAAGAACGACAUAAAAACGUUGUUCGUGCUAGGGAUGACCACACGGAUGCCAUGGCGUUUGCUACAACACGAACAAACUCAAACGGAGGACGUGGCCGCCAAUCGCCUACCCGAGGGGGAGGUCGCGGCAACAGGGGCGGCCGAACAGCAGCACUGCCGGCACCUACUGCCGUGGGGCAGCACGGGGGUACGGCAGGCCCGUCAGCCAAUGCAGCAGCCGAAGCACCCCCCUCCCUCUCUGCUUUAUCCCCCGAUCAAGUCGCUCGUCUUUUCUCCAUGCUAGAAGCAUCCCCUUCAAAUAGUGAUAAGUUACAAGUUUUCCCGUUUGCAUUGUCCACCACGCCGACCUCGGCCCCCGAGGAUUCUUCCCGGUCAGCCCACGCAGACUUCCCCACCGUCCAACCUGUGUCUGCCGCCGAUCAGCCAACAUCGCCGGCAUCCGUCCCAGUUGUUUCCGGGCAGUCCCCACCCGUACCCGAUAGCGACGGCGAGUCUGCCCCGGACAGUCCGCCGUUGCCCACCCGUCCUACCCGUGAUCGGAGACCCCCUGCCAAGCUAUCAGAUUACUAUUGCCACACCGCCCAGACAUCUACUCCCGUUGCCACUCGCAUUGUUUUGUCCAAGUCUUCAGGUACUCGAUAUCCUAUCCACAAUUUUGUUCAUUAUGAGAAAUUACAUGGCAGGGAUGGCAUGAUGGAUGAUGUUUAAAACUAUCCUCUGUAAAAGCAAAAAUAAAUCUAUUUUCACUCUUUAAAACUAUUCUAAUUUCGCAUACUAAAAUAAAAUUUUAAUGAAAUAUUAAGAGUGUUUCGUAUUUGCUACUCGGGGGUAUUAUUUUUUGAAUUGACUUGAAUCAAUUCUUGUUUAAUUU